AAAAAAAAAAAGCGACGACGCAAUGAUCUUAUUGUGGUAGCAAGUCUUGUGGAUAGAAUGCCCAACCUUGCAGGAUUGUGUCGAACUUGUGAAAUUUUUAAUGCUUCUCAGCUUGCUGUUUACAGUUUAAAGGUAAUAAAAGAUCCUAUAUUUACUGGUAUCAGUGUGGCUUCAGAGAAAUGGAUGCCCAUGAUUGAAGUCCCUGAAGAUGAUGUUGCCAGCUUCUUAAAGUCUAAGAAAGAAGAGGGAUAUGUAUUGUGCGGUCUCGAGCAGACAACUACAAGCGCUACUUUAGGUGAAUUUGAAUUCCCAGAGAAAUGUGUUCUCCUUCUUGGCAAGGAAAGACAAGGUGUACCAGCCAACCUUUUGCAGAUGCUUGAUCAGACUAUUGAGAUUCCUCAGUACGGAAUCACCCGUUCCCUUAAUGUUCACGUUAGUGGAGCAAUCUGUAUCUAUGAAUACACCAAACAAAUGCAGUGGAGACAACAGGCACCGGCAGCUGUGCUACCAGGAUCGCCUUAA